UGCACGAUCGCGAUCAGUCGCGAUGUAACCGCAGAGUGAAACGGCCUCGCACCAGGCCACCGGGUGACCACCAUCAGAUGCUCGACGUGGGCUGAUCUCGCGCCGCAGAACCGAUCACCGGGCACGAAGCCGGCGAUCAACGACCUAGUUAGAACGGUCUCGCCGGAGGACUUUCGUCCUUGGGAGCGAGCGUCCGCCGAGACCACGCUUGAGAAUCCAGGUACGCGAAGAGAGAAAAAGUCGCAACGUGUUGCCUCGAUGGAACACCUUGUAGCGGAGAGAUACGUCUGCAGAGGCGAAGCUUGCGAAUCGCAUUUUCUCCAGCGAAAAUGUCGCGGAAGAUUAGUGGUUGGCCAGCUCGAGUUGAUUUUGAACCACCGUUAACACUUUUCUGUCAUGAGCAGAGUGUAGUAACGGAUGAAACUUUUUUUAGUCCGAGUUGUAGGAAUAUAGGAGAGUUGAAUGUGUGAGUAGAGCAAUAACGAGUAGCAGCAGGAUUGGAGGGUUCGUUGAGACAGGGGUUGCGGAGAAUGCAUCUCGAGAUGGGGAACGAAAAGUCACAAGUACGGUUUGCCAAGUGCACAAAAUCAAGCGGAGAAUUCAGGUGAGCAGAGCACGAGGCCGCUGUUGAAUCGAACCCUUCGGUUUCCCGCGGACGUCGUGAUCGGUGUGACUUUCGUCCCUUCAGGGCGUUACCUCGCACGACGGCGAACUCGAUUGCACGAGGCAAAGUACAUAAGCGAGGUAGAUAGUCGGUUAUCUCGGAUAUGACGCAGGUAGCCGUCGAUAAAGCAUUAUUAACGUAUUCCCGAGGAUUCGUUCAGGGUCAGACUUGAAUCGGUGAGAGGCAUUCCGGGCGGGAUUUUUACGCGCGCGUAAAUAAUCGAGUCUGAACUCUUGUGGAAUGCAUUAUCGGUACGAAUCGGCCGCUACCUGUCCGCCGAUGAUUCAGAAGACGUAGAGAACGCGAAGGACGCGAGAUGCAGAUAGGUGAUGGUCGUGUGCGCUCCGUCGAGGCUCCAGCUGCUUGAUUGCGCGUAGGUUAAGGUUACGAGAACUCGUGCAAUCCGUGCUCGGCGCAACGUGCUUUUCAGGCCUAUUCGCACUUCCACUAGUCGGUCGAUGCAUGACGCAAGGUGCAGCUGACCAGACAAUGAAUAUCAAAUGAUCGCGCGGUCGUCGUCGGCCGACCUCGCCACGUUCCACGUUCGAUCUUAUCAGCGAGGCUUGUAUCUUUAUAUCGAUCGUCGCACGAUUAAACUCCUCUUUUAUCUUUAUUUUCGACUCGAUUUUCGAUAAAAGGAAAAUUAAGUGCCUUUGGUCCGCAAUAAAUAGUCUCAAUGGGCUCGAUAGAAAUUAGUCUCGAGAAGAUUGUCAGUCUUCUCGUAGAGCAAAUCGGCAGAUAGAAAUACAAAAGAGCCGAGAAGAAUUCGACGAUUUUAAUAACAAUUUUCGCAUUUCUUUUUCAUUUCAAGACAAAUUCCUUGAGAGACAAGUUUUGACUCAUCUACACAGAAAAAAAUUUGCGUGAAUAACGGUCCGCUGGAAUUUUUGCGUUUAGCUAGUCGAAUACGUUAACAAGGUUAAAUAUGUUAAUUUGACAUAUAUUUGUGUACUUUUCAACAUAUUCCCAUGUUAAGGUAGUACAAAAUUUCAGUGGACCGUUAUUUACAUCAAGUUUUUUACUGUGUAACUUUCACGGAAAUUAUCAUUUGACGCGCAACAUGUCUUUCUUUCUGCUUCGUAGCAUAUGAUAUGGAUUGUUCCGGUCUCAUUGUACCAAUGUUGCAGCUAGGAUUACGAAAGGCAACGUGGAGCAACACGAAGCAAGGUUGCUCAAUCGAACGGUCUUAAUCGAGCAGCUUGCAGUUUCAAUUUCCACGCGUAACGCCGCGACGAUUGAACAUCGUUAUCGCGAGUCGUGAACACGUCGUGACGUGUUCACCAGUGAUAUCGAAACGCCGUUAUGGAUUUCAGAUAUAGAUAACCGAAGUCGAAAAUCGUUCGCGUUCGCAAAAAUAUGCUCCAUACUGACUGGGUAGAUUACCGAGCCAUGAUGCCACGAGCGACUUGUUAACAUUUUCCGAUCGUCGUACACGUGGAUUACUGUAAUCACAUGUGAUGAGACGCUCGCUAUGAGUGUUAAUAUAGCGAGACGAAGUCUAUCGUGACGAGACCUGUGGGAGGAAACUGAACGUGUUACAUGUUAAUUAGAAUUAAAAACGCGUUUGCAAAAUUAUUUAUCUGAUCUGCACGCUCGCUCGUACCGUAAUAAUUAUUUAUAAACGCGCGACAAUCACAGCAUCUUACAGCUAUGGUCGAGGCGUAUUCCAGCACUUAGCACCGUCGUUUGCAUGCGGACCAUUAUUUCGUAAACGCAUUCGCUCUCACACCCUCGUUAAGUCAGGCCGAUUAUUGUAUCUCGAAGCGAAGUUGAUUCUCGAGACUAUUGGAAAAUUUAAAAUUAAAUCAGCAAUUCAACAUUCAGCGCAUAUUUCCAAACGGAUCUCGAGUCUCCCUGUUUCCGGCGGAGAAUCUAUAGGCGAGUCUGCGACUUUCCGAUUUAUUGUACACCACGUGCUCAAUCAAGCUCACGAUUUCAUUAAAAUGACGAUUAUUUGGCAGUGGUCCACCACAGUAAGAGGCUGCCUACCUUCUCCAACUGGCACCGUUGGAUGAUCCAAUUUCGAUUUACGACAUAAUUAACGGUGACUCCUCCUGAGCAAAUGUGAUCGACGAUCGAGAAGAGCAAGAGAGAAAGAGAGAGGGAGAGAGAGCGGGAAAGAUAGAGAUAGCACACGGCUCCCCUCGCGGUGAUUACGUAAUUUGCAUUGUUUGUGUCCUGAAAUAUAACCGUCUCGUCGGCGAGAGCGCGACGCGCUAGCGCGCUUACGCGAGCCUUAUCAUUCUCAAAGGAGAAUGGCUAUAUAUUCGCGGCAGCGAGUGUCACGCAGCCCUCAGUAGGAAGAUGAUAGAGGGCCAGGUGCAUCAACAUCCGGUACGAGUGCCGCCCGACAAGCCACAGCAUGACCAGACGAGUGUCGGGUGCGUCAAGUUCGAAAAUGAGCAAUGUAAGGAGCCCCUGCUUCCGGAGAAGCAGAACUCCACCAGGAUGACACCGACCGAUGGCCGUUCGCGGACCACCUCCGAAUCGAACACCACCACUAACGGACAAGCCGGCCAAACGAACUCCACCGGCAGCGGACACGCUGACGAGUGCCUCGAGGUGACCAUCUUCGACGAGGCCGGCGACGCCGGUCGGCUGCCGGACGUUGUCGCCGAGAGCAAAAUCUACGGUGUGACCGAGGACGAGCCGCUCGAAUCGUAUUUGGCGAUCACCAUCCAAGUUUUCAUACCUUUCCUCAUCGCCGGUUUAGGCAUGGUGGGCGCCGGAUUAGUCCUCGACCUGGUUCAACAUUGGGUAGUCUUCGAGAAAGUCAACGAGCUCAUGAUCCUGGUGCCAGCACUCCUGGGGCUGAAGGGUAAUUUGGAAAUGACCUUGGCGUCGCGUCUUUCCACCCAAGCGAACCUCGGUCACAUGGACAUGCCAAGAGAGCAGUGGCACAUGAUCGUCGGGAAUCUCGUGUUAAUACAGUGUCAAGCGAUAGUGGUGGGCUUUUUGGGCUCCGUGGUGGCUAUUGUGAUGGGCGCGUUUCGCAACGGCACAGUCUCCUUGGACCACGCGUAUUUGCUGUGCGCCAGUAGCCUGGUCACCGCGUCUCUCGCUUCCUUCGUUCUGGGCCUUAUUACCGCGGGCGUCAUCGUUUUCUCCCGUCAUUGUCAUAUCAACCCGGACAACGUGGCCACGCCGAUAGCUGCCAGUCUUGGCGACAUCACGUCGUUGGCCCUUCUCUCAUGGAUCUCCACCAUACUCUACGAAUCGAUCGACAAGCAGGACUGGGUGGCACCUCUCGUCAUAGCCUGUUAUGUUCUCGUCACACCUCUCUGGGUGUGGAUCGCUAAGAGGAACAAGUAUACCAACGACGUGCUCUACUUCGGCUGGACGCCGGUCAUGGUGGCCAUGUUGAUCAGCAGCUGUGGCGGUCUCAUACUGGAGUUCAUGGUGUCACGCUUCGAGAACCUGACGGUGUUCCAACCGGUCAUCAAUGGUGUGGGCGGGAAUCUCGUGGCCGUCCAGGCCAGCAGGAUAUCCACGGCGCUUCAUAAGCAAGCGGAACUCGGCACGCUUCUAAUUCCACCGGGUCAUACGCAUCCUGUCAUCUUCAUCACACCCAUCGCCAAUUUCUUCGGGAAAGGUAUGCACGCCAGAACGACGAGAGUCCUGAUGGCGAUGGUAAUACCGGGUCACAUCAUUUUCAUUUACUUGAUCAAUUAUAUGAAAGACGGCGACACAUCGAUGACGCCGCUCUUCGUCUUCGUUUACCUGUGCGCAGCGAUGCUCCAGGUCGCGGCGCUCCUUUACAUCGCCUAUAUAAUGAUCCACUGGAUGUGGAAGCGUAAGAUCGAUCCCGACAACUCGGCGAUCCCGUACCUGACCGCGAUGGGUGAUUUGCUCGGGAUCAGUUUGCUCGCGAUUGCCUUCCAAUUUCUGUACCUGGUCGGAGAUCAAGAUUUCGACGCUCCCAUCACGCCCUGACCGUAGUAAUCACAGAUUGUAGAGUUUUCCGGCGGGCGGGUCGCGCAAAAGUUGAAGACCGAAUGGGCAUUCCUACGAGGCUGUGGUCGUCUGAAAGUAUACUCCAGCGAAUCAAUCUUCGAUCUACCAGUCCGCCGGCGAGUCCAACGGGUGGUCGGUCGCAAGAGUGACUGCCGUUUCACUUAUCGCGAGAACCGGCCGUAUUAUUUUCCUAAGAAGCCUGCUGCGAGAGCCGUUAUCCAUGCGGAUAUCACGACACUCGACAAUUGACGAAUUCCUCACGAAGACGAGCAAGCGGAGCUUCGGAGAUCCAGCACGACGAUAGACAAAAGCGAUGGAUCGUUAAUGCCUUGUCAGUCGAGUGGGCGUACUCAGGUUUUAAUUAGCUACUAAUAUAUCAGAAGAUAAUGCGAGAUUGAUGUGCGUUUCGAUAGCACAUGGCGAAUAAAUUUGCCUAGAGAGAUUGCAGGUGUCUCGAUAGUUACGGAAAUUUUUCAAGCGAUUGACUUGAUCGUCAGAAUUCAAAAGCCUACAGCAGCGAGAAUCGACCUCUUCUUCGAGGCUGACGAACCGAGAUAAUCAUAUUAGAUAUUGAAUUAUUUUGCACGUUAAAGUGACGGCGAUAAUUUUGCGAUUUUCUCGGCGAUAUAUUUGGCGAAAUAUCUUCCGUAUAGCGUAACUCACAGCCUAAGAAUUGUUGAUAUCACAACAGAGUUGAGCGAUUUUCAAGAUCCGCAAGAACGCACCAAAUUUGUCGCUGCAACGCGAAUGAAAAUCGAGGCGGGGAUUUUUUUCUAUUUUCCGGGUGUUGUGUCAGUGAAAAAGAGGGGCACAAUUCCGUGUGUACGACUCCGUGAACCAUCGAGGCUCAGCGAGAAUUCUGGUUCUUCUACGGAGCACGCGUGAAAGUGUCGGGGGGAGGGGGAGGUGAAGAAGAGUACGUGUAGUUGUAAUACCAACGCGUAUGUGUCUUCGAAUAGUUGCCUUCGUAUACGACGAAAUUUAGAUAGAUAUUAGAAGCUGCCACGCGACCUAUUUUUCGAAGUUCUUUAGGUGCUCUCGGAUUCGCUCGAUCUUCAAGUACAGUAUCCGCCGCGUAAACUCCUGCCGUAACUCGUGCGGUGCGUUCAAUCGAUAUUUAGUCUUCCUCCUGCACAGAGAAGAAGAAGAGAGAUAGCUAGUUUCAAAUUCCCUUCUCAAUUGACCGAAUCUAUCGAAAAGGUAAUCGAUUGCCACGAAUCCUGGUAAAUUCGAGAGCUGGCAAAACGCAGAAUCUCGUGUGACAGAGAGUGAUCAAUGACUUCACGUUCACUAUAGGCUAUCAUCAUUUAGCCCAAAGCCACGAGUCCAUUUUCUAAAGUUUCACGCGCGAAUUAGAUGUUUUGCGGAUGUAUCGUGAUGUUAUAUCGAAAGGAUCAGACGAAAAGUAUACGCGCGAUAUGGACACGCGAUAGUCGAAGCUUGAUGCCUAAAAUCGAGACGUAGAGACCAGACAGAAACUAAUUCAAAUUUUGCUCGCGCGUGCGCGAUUCAAAUCACACUUAGAAGUAUUACUAGCGAAAUAGCAAAUUCUGAAAUUGCAAAGGACGGACAAGGAUGAACCUUGGCGAAAUCGUUCGACGUUCACGACUCGAUAGCGCCGCUUCGAGGAGACAGCGAUCGGCAGCAUUUUAACGAAGCUGAAAAGUGCAUUUAGUUAACGUCUCGUUGCGGUCAACCGAUCGACCGAGUUGUACAGAUAAUUUGAUUCACCCUGACAUCGUUGCGAACGUGGCAUACGUACGACAACACGCUUUUGUGUUCAAAGAAACAGAGGGGGCAAACAAAGAGGCGGACGAGAAGGUUUUUUUUAUCAUUGUGACGGCGAUACUUCGGUCGAAGUUAGCUUCGUUCGAUAAAUCUGUCGGCUUGCGAUAGCACAUUGUAUAGUACGUAAAUUAGGAUAUCCCGUGGGAAGAGAGGUGUCGUCAUAUUCCCUUGUACAUAUUAUUGUAUAGCGCAUUACCCCGUAGAGGCGUCGCGCGCGUCGAAGACUAAUAUUUAGCCUUCGCGGCAGGGAGAAGGAUUUUCGCAUCCUAUCGCCUUUCGGCACAUACUUUCUCAGUAUUAUCGCUUUACCGUUGCUAUUGGAAUUGCAGUGCGUCUAUUAAUAGCAGAUAUCCGGUACCGCCGAGAGAACGGCCAACACGCGCUUUCCGAACACGUGUGCGCGCGCGUGUGUCUUUUGCGGUGAAAACUGCGUUCAAUAUCGAGAUUCGAUCGAGAUAGCACAAUACGUUUCGCCGGAAGGAGGAAAUUACAAGGGGGGGGGGGUGCACGACAAUUAACAAGUGCAUAAAUUCGUCCGACGUUCGCGCUGCCGAGAUAUUUUUCACUCGCCUUGAAGGUCUGACGGUAGCGUUGCUUCACGGUGCUUCUUUAUCAACGCGAUCGAAACAGCGUCGGGGGAUCUCGCGUAAGAUCCGAAAAAAGCACGAACUCGCACCUAUUUGUGACGCGAUGUUAGCUCUAUCAAGUCGCGUGCAUAUACUUGAUUAUGUGUGAUGAUUGAGCGCUCUCAAAUGUUUCAACGAGUUUCUCGCUCGUGGCGUCAAUGUGCGAACGUUAUAUAAAGCUUCAUUUUUUCUUUUUA